GCGGCGGCGACGGCGGCGGGAGGUUCGGUUGUCGCCCGUUGGCCGCGCGGCGCCGCGAUCGGCGGCCGCCAUUGCAGCUUCUUUUCCGUUGCUUUUUAAAGACGUAAAGCUCAUGGUGCAGAUUGUUAUUUCCAGUGCUGGGGCUGGAGGCCUGGCAGAAUGGGUGCUGAUGGAGCUACAGGGGGAGAUCGAGGCUCGCCACAGCACUGGAUUAGCUGGAAACCUCCUGGGAGACCUACAUUACACCACUGAGGGAACCCCUGUGCUGAUCGUGGGGCAUCACAUCCUGUACGGCAAGAUCAUCCACCUGGAGAGACCUUUUGCCGUCCUUGUUAAACACGCUCCUGGGCAGCAGGACUGUGAUGCACUUGGCUGUGAGAGUGGCACCCGGUACCUGGUGACAGCCCUCAUCAAAAACAAGAUCCUUUUUAAAACUCGCCCCAAGCCCAUCAUCACCAACGUCCCCAGGAAAGUAUGA